AAACUGAUUUUAUACUGCUUUUUAAUCCAGUUCAACAGUAAGUGUGAUAGCUGAUGCUUUUCUUCAGCAUUAUGCAACGAUAAAAAUAUUAGGUACCUGUGCACAUAUUUUUAAUAAAAUUUUGGUAUCUCAUACCAUUACAUGAGAAAAUGUCAUCAACUGGUGACAAUGGAGUUGAUGCUGAGUGCAAUGAUCAGAUAAAAGAUCAACAUGAGCAGUCACUGAAAAAAGAGUCUGCAGAAUCAAAGUCUCAAAAUACUGAACAUGAAAAUUCUGAAACUGUGUCAUCUGGUAUCAAACUUGUUAAGUCAGGAAAUCAAGUAUACACAAAGAUAACUAAUACUUCUCACAUUCCCCUUCACCAACAAACUACAACUGCUCAACCAAAAGAAUAUAAUCAAGGGAAGAUAUUGAAUGCUCAACAAGUACAAGAUAACAGAAAUAAACGACUGAAAGAAGAUCCUAAUUUGAAGCAUCUUCAGUUACAAAAUAGGUCAACAAAAGCUCCACUUUUUCGAUCCACUUCAAUGCCAGUGUGUGUGGACGAAAGUAGUGAAUUCACAGAGAAUGAAAAAUCUCAUCCUGAAGAAGGAAAGAUAAAUUCAAUUACUCAACACAGAAAAAUAUUCCGCACUGGGUCUGUGUCAGAUUACACGAAGCAACGAUUGAAGACAUCUAUAUUGAUGAAGACAUCUGCUUCUUUGGUUCGAAAACCAAGUAUUACUGAUUUUGAAAUGCGUCAGAUUCAAGGAGAAGAUGCAGAUUCAUCUCAGUCAGAUGAUGAUGAUGAGGACGAUGAUGGUGGAAGAUUUAAACCAGUGACAACCAAUACAGACGAUACAAGUACAACAGCAUUAUCUGUAUCGGACAGCUCAUGUAGGAAGGAUAUUUUGACUGUCACAACAUCCCCAUUAGUUGUGUCUUCACUGCCAGAAUCUAGCGUAUCUCUUGCUAUUGCUAUCACUUCCGCCUGAUUGAUGUCGACUUUUUGAAAAGUUUCUCUAUAAAUAUUAUAUUAUCUUUGGUGUCUAUAUGUUUCAGUUGUAUUGUUUCUGAAGAUAAAUUUUUUUUUAUCUAGUAUAUAUUGUGCUAAGAUGCUUGCUUUGUAAGAAAUUAAUUAGUAAUUAGUACUGAUUAAUCAAUUAAUUUGAACUCUUGGAUUUAGAACUAAGGGCAAUAACCCACACAACGUUUAUCCUUCAUUUAUUGGAAAUUAUCCCAUUGAAAUACAAUACAGUAUUGAUUAAUGGAAAAUGUCUAUCUCAAGUUACGGCUUGACAGGUCCCAUGUUUUCUGAUUAAAUUGUAGGUACGUAAAAGUUUGAUGAAAUUGGUAUUUGAUUUUCCUACCUCUAUCCCAAUUCACCAUCGUGUAGCAACAAACAGGGAACUGCCACAAGGUGCAUUGUUUUUAAUUUUCAUGACAUCAUCUCACAAACAAUAAAAACAAAUUCCAUAGAGACCACAAAAAUUUUUUGAAAUAAAUAAUUGUGAUAGCCUUCUAGUGACAACAACAAUCUUUAACCACUGAAAAUGUCAAAGCAAUUGGUAAAGUAAUUAAAAAGAAAAGAAUUUUUUCGCAACAAGAAGACAAAUACUUAAAUAGAAAAUAGCAAUCACAACAUAAUAACAAAAUGUUCCAUGGGGACACUUUGUGUCCAAAAAUAAAUGUCCUCAGUCAUUUCAAGAUUUGAGAUUUUCUUAGUGAUUCAGAAUUCAAGAGUGCUGCAAUUCCUUAAACUUUUACCAAUAUUCACAUUCAAAAUUUUUUUUUUAUAUUGCGAAUUUACACAUCUAUCGUUUUGUCAAUUUAUAAAAUGUAACUGAUGUUGCUUUAUGUGUAUAAAACCAUGAAUGUACUGACUGCCAUCCCAUUAAUUAUAUAAAAUGUAUUUUAUAUUAUAUACCUAGGCCGUAGAUUUUAACAUAUUGACCAAACUCGCCCUGCAGACGAAAUGCUUUUUACUUGCUUUACAGUAAAAUCCCAUGAAAUAAUGUCAUAUACCAAUUAACUACAAAAUAAUUUUAUUGUUUCCUCCGAGUAUUGACCAUGAGCUACUUGAAAUAUGAAAGGAAUUAAUUUUUAAACGAGCCUUCAUUGAAUGUUUGAACCAAAACAAAGUCACAACAAGAAUGGCUAGUGCGAUUGCACAAAGAUAUGUGUUUAUCAAUUGUUCAUUAUUCAGAUUUCUGUCCUGCAAUUUUUGUCGUUCUUCAAUAUUCUAAAUGAAUAUAUUUAUUAUUAAGAAAAGUAGAGUCAUCCAGAUUUUAUGAAAUAUCGAUGUUGUUGUAAAAAAAAUGUUAAUUUUUCAACAAAAGCAGUAAUUUCUGUUAUCAUUGUAGUUACUUUUUCUGGUUAGACUGAGUAUAUCACCAAUAGAAACACAUGGCUGUGUUUAUUUUCUACUCUAUUUACACCUUGAAAUAUAGAAUUGUUCAAUAUAUUGCACAGGACUCAAAACAACUGGUGAUUAACACUUCCAACUCUUAGAUAUUUUUAUGUGGUCCGUAAAGAGACUAUCCUAUCCUUUUUUUAUAAUAUUUUUUACAUUCCUACAGACUUUCCAAACACACAUUAAAAUUUUGAAUCUUUUCAUUUUUUUACUCGAUCUUUUUAUCGGUUUGCAAGUUUGCUCUGAGAUAUGCACUUCGGGGAAAUAUGUUAGAAUUCCAAUUCUUUCAGAUAUUUCUCUAAAGAUCCCAAACUCUUUUCGUGGAUAUUUAAUUUGUAAAUAUUUUCAUGGCACAUGCUUGGUAAUAUCAUGAGGGUACUGAAUUAAUAUUGUGAGUUUGUCGUAUAUACAUUCCCAUUUUUAAAUGUUCAUUGAUUUUUAUUUCAAUUUUCAAUAUAUUAUUCAAAUCUCUCUUAAGCCUAUAACAUUGAAAAUAUUGUGCGGAUUGGAUCUCAUCUUAUUGAAUUAUAUAACCUGGGUGGAAUGCAGGGCUCUGAAGACAAAUUCCAUCAAAUGCCGAUCCAUUCGAAAAUUUGACUCUUGUGCUGGCCAAAACCAUGAUAAACUUUUGAAUCACAGCAAAUGUUUUCCUGUUCGAAAACUGAAAGUCUUGACUUUCAACAUAUUAUGAUGUAUGAAACUCCAUAGAGAUUAAAUUCUCAAAAACAUAUAGAAUACAAAUCUUCCAGACUCCCAAUGCCAGAAAAAUUGUCCGUUUUUCAAUUUUAUUUUUUGUGUACAUGUAUUGCAUACCCAAUUUUACUUAUGUCGAUCUUAAUAUCAAUCUCUGAGAUUGAGAUAAUGUUACAACUCGCUGUUUGAAUUCCUGUUACCUUUGUCAUUUGCAGUAGUGUGGUUGCUUGUAGAAUAUUUUAUAUUCUGUUUUUGUACUCUUGCAUUGAAUCCAAUUUAGGUUGCCUUUACUCUUUUAAGACUGUAUGAUAUGCUGGAAGUGGGGUUCUUAGUAAAAAUUGAACAAUUUUCCAAUGUUAAAUGGAACAUUUUGAUUUGAAUUGAAUUCUCAAUGAUUAUCUGCAUGUUUCAGUAGCAAACAGUGAAUUAUCUAUCACACAUUACGGUAUAGAUUGGCCAAUUAACAUUUUGAAUUGUGGUUGAAUGUAACUAUGGGUCAAACCUAAUGCCCAACUGCUCACUCAACAUUCAUGUAAUCAAUCAGUCAGUGCCGAACCGGAAAGUUUUCGGUGCUCCCAAUAUAGCAGCUUUCUUGAACAGAUAUUGUAUAAAAUAUUGUUCCAAAACGUUUGGAAAAAAAUAAUUGUGAAUAACACUGGAUUAUUGAAAUUGUGGAACAACAAUUGGUGUUUCUCUUAGACAUUUAAAUAGGUGUUUCGAAUUAUAGUAACCUUUUUCUGACUAUGUUCUUCUACUUAGGACUGCACUUUUUUAACAAUAUUUCUGUUUGUUGCUAAUAUUUACUCAGAAUUUUAAAUAGUUGUGGAACUUCUGAAACUGUUAUUCGACAUCGGCACUUAAAUUCAAGUUGUGCUGCUAUAGUAAUAUUAUUUACCACCAGUUGUAUCUUUCUAAUUCAGUCAUUGCGUCCCACAACUUAUUCAUACACAUUGCUUUCUUACAAAUUUACACACUUUGCAUAUUGGGGUAAAUUGCUACCUAUGAUAAGAUGCCUUUAUUAUCAAGUCUUUAUUCUUGACUACUUACUAUCGUAUAGUAUUUUUUAAAUGAAGCAAUUAACCGCUAAAUUUAUGCAGCUUUGAAGAACACAUUCACAAAGCAACAUUCCAAUUCCCCUUGAUAUGAAAUUGCUCCAGUGCAGGUGAUAGCAUGUUGCAAAAGUUUUAUUUUUAACCAAGCGUUCCGUUUUUUUUGUCAUAGUAUAAAAGCAAAUGCCACAGACCCUCGUCGUCGGGAAUUUGGGUCCAAUAUCAUUCAUUUAUGACAGUUUAGUCGUUGUGUUAUAUAUCUGUGUGCUUAUUCCGUCACGUUGUUUUGUUUUAUUCUUUGCUUUUUGGUACGUCGCGUUGUAUGGGAUUAAAUGACUUUGUACGGCUCCCUAAA